CAUUAAUAAACAAGUAAAAUCUACUGGUGUAGAUAAAUUAUCCAAAAUAUUAUUGAAAGUAACAAAAUCUCUUCUUACAGAAAACUACUUGAACGCCAGUUGCAUUCAGGCUUCCAGGUUAUUAUUAAUUUAUUCAAGUUCUUAUUACCUACAUAUUACCUCAAUGUUUGUCAUCGAUAGUUCUUAUCAAAUCAUGGGGGAUGUGUAUAUUUACUAUAUUUAUUGAAAAGUGCUGUACAAUAAUCAAAUUCACAAAUUGUUUUGUCGCGUACUUGUGUAUUCUGCAUUUCUGCUGUUUAUACUACCUGUAUAACUACAGAACCUCACAUCAUACAAACAAACUAAUAAUAUUAUAAUUAUCUAUGCUAACAAUGAAUAAUGAUGAAGUCUCAAGUCGGAGCUAUACCAACCCGACGAACUAGUACUCCGUAACGAUGUGCGGGUGUGCCGGAGACCGGACCUCCGUAAAGACAUGUUAAAAAUUCGAUCUGCUGAUUGUGUUGUAUACAAUCUCCAUUUUGGUCGCCGAGAUGUUUCAACCGUUUCUAGAAUCAACAAUCAACUCAAAGGUUUCCAUUACAAACUAAACAAUUACUGAAAUACUGGAAAACUGCAUUGGAGUAUGGAAGAAUCCUACCAAGUGAGUAAACACUAAUAUGAAAUGCUCAUUUUGCAAAAAAAAAUAUUUGUGGAAAAUAGAAAUUAAAAACUUCAUCAUUAUGCAAUUUCAUCAAGAUAUAGAUUUAAAGGAAAUAUAAUACAACAUUAUUAGCGUUUUUGAAGAUAAUGUUCCUCCUGGUUGUUUAAAACCAGAUUAAAAUUACAUAAAUAUCCUGAUGUAAUAUUUGAAAUUAUUGUACCCACUCAUUAAAAAAAAAGAAAUGUACUGAACAUUUUAAUUUUGAUGAUAUAAGAAGACAAUUAGCAGCAAAAUCUUGAUACAAUGUUUACUAAUAAUUGUAAUUCUAAUAGUUUAAUCCAAUGUGAUGAUGUGAUCAAUUUAAUCAGCUCUGAUGAUAGUGACAGUGAUGUGCCGCAUUACAUAAGAAGAAGAUCGAAUACUGAAUAUACUCAGACGAACAAUAUAGUAAACCAAAAUUUGAGUAAUAAUUUAUACAAUUAUAAUAACCAAACUGAAAUGCUUACUUUAGUGCCAGAACCUAUUGUUAUUAAUGUUGAAAAAACAGGUAAUACACAAUCCAAUAGAGGGAAAUCAGUGAAGAAACCAAUUGUUUCAAAAAAAAAAACUAUCCCAGGACCAACUUGUUUGAUCAACCCUAAUAACAGUCGAAGUAAAACUCCUGUCAGACACUUUGUAGCUAAUAAAUUUGUGAAAAGGUUAAGUUUUUAUCAACGAGUAAAUUCUAGAUUAAUGUCAAAAGUUAAACAAUUGACGAUUAGGAAACAGGAAUUGCAAGAUAUUCAAAUAAAAUAUUUACAUCUUAAAGAAAAAGUUCUUGAAACAGAAGAGAAAUUAUUGGAUAAUGGUAUAGAUACAUCAGAAUAUCCGGUAUUUGCUUUAGUUUGUGAAGACAAAGAUUCUGAAACAAUCAACGACAAUAAAUAUGAUAUAUUAUUAGAGUGCAAAUUAGACAGAGAAAAUCAAAAACCAGAUGAAGAUGAACCAGAAUAUAUUUUGACCCGUGAAAGCUCUCCAAUUUUAGAACCACAAAUUAAAAAUGGAAUUAACUUCCAAUAGUAUUAAGUAAAGCCUUAAAAACUCAUUAUAAAAUAACCUACCUUUUGUAGCAUUUUAUCAUUUUAUCAUUUUUUUUUUUUUUAGAAAUAAUACGUAAUAUGCAAUAUUAUACUACUUAAAUAUUUUUAUCAUAUCUUUAAAUACUUUUGAUUUAUUAAGAAUAAUAUUUUAAAAAUAAAAAUAAUUAAUGCAUAAACAACUAAUUUAUUAUUCUUUUAUGCGAGUAAAAAAUCAUUAUCUACUUUUAAAAACCAUUAAUGGCAGUUGUAUUAUAUUAGAUUACAUUAUUUUAUUAUUAUGACUACAUAGGUAAUAUGAUUGAAAUAAUAAAUAAUUAACACAUGUUUUUAUAUUUUUGAAUUUUGAAUUUAAACUAGAUUUGUUCAACUUAUUUCUUAUUCGAAGAUAUAUAUAUAUUAAUUUUAGGUACAUAAAUAAUUACUUUUUAAUGUAUUAAUAAAUACUAUUGUCUACUAAUAGUUCAUUUUUAUAUUAAUUAUAUCUAUAUUAAUGUAUUUUCAUGUAUGACAGUGGCUUGGUGAACUUUACGGACCAUGAUGCACAAUUUAUAUUAAUUAAUAUUAUAUGUACAUAAUAUGUAUUUAUAUAUUAUAUAAUUAUUAUUAUGUGAUUGUAUAUUUUAAUUUUUGUUUUAUGUUAAUAAAACAUUAUAUGUCCAAUCGGUCCCCCCAAAAAAUUUCCUCUAUGAUGCUUAGGCGUCAUAAAAUACCAUUCCCCAUGUCACAUGUGUGACGUGUAAUAUACUAGCUUAUAAUGUACCAGUGGCUUGCAGAACUUUUUCUUCAUGGGGGGCAACAUUUUUUUUUACCCCAUCAAUAAAAAUAUACUUUUUAGUUUUUAUUAAGAUUUAAGAGAUUCCAUAAAUACUAACCUAACACCCAUAAAGUCAUAACUCAUACAGUAUGUUAAUCAUCAACACAAGUUUUAUUUCAAAUCAUAAUUAUCAAAAUUUCUUACCAAAAAAUACCAACAACUGACUUACUACCGAUUUUCAAGUGGGGCCUAUAUCCCAUUAAUGACAUUUCUGCAUGCUACUGAAAAGUACUAAGGUAACACAAAAUUUAGAUUUUAGAAAAAACUAAUAUGUAUAAGUAUUAUCUCAGUUAAGCAUAAAUAUUUUUAUUUAAUAUA